ACAUCAAUCAAGUUGUUGUUCGUAUUAUCAAGGGUUAUGGCACCGCCACCAUCCAGUGUGAAGACAGUUGGCAAGACUUGGGCGAAGAAGAUGAAUGCGUUUGCUCGUGCCGAAGUAACACGGAUGUCUAGCACUACCACUAUACCAAAGAGCAGGGUCAGAGGGAGGAAUUGGGAGACCAGGUAUAAGGCCCACAUGUAGUCAGGAGGACAAUCUAUGCACUCUAGGGUGUGGAGGGAAGGACCGUAACCAUCUUUGCACUUUCCACACAGUA